GUAUAGACUAGAGAUGACACAAACAGAGCAGUGUUAUAUAGCAUUAUAAAAGUAUUUCCUUGUACUUCAUUGGAAUACCAGGAGUCUAAUAGCUAAUGGUCAAGAAUUUAAGAAAUAUAUCUUGGAAAUGGAGGAAUCUCCAGAUGUAAUAUGUGUGCGAGUACCAUGGUUAUGUCAAACAAUAUGCAUGGCUAUGAGGUAGUAAGGAAAGACAGAGAAAGGAAGAGGAUGUGCUAUCUUUAUUAAAGAGAACUUGAUGUAUAGAAAGUUACACAGUGAAAGUGAAAUUGAGAGCUUAAAUAUAGACAAUAGGAUGUUACAGGAUAAAAUUAAGAUUGCUAAUUUGUAUAAUCCAUGUAAGAAGUUAAGUAUGGAUAUUUUAAAGAAGGCUACUGCAGAAAUAUCAAGUAAAAUUAUCAUGUGUGGUGACUUCAAUUCCCAUAAUAGCCUAUGGGGUAGCAAAAAAAUAUAGACUAUAAUGGGGAAAUAAUAGAAGAAUCUAUGAUUACUCACUAGUAUGUCUGAAAAAUGGAAAGACCACAAAAAUGUAUAUAAUAAAAGGAAGUGAAUCAUGUUUGGAUCUAACUUUAGUAUCAGCGGCUCUAGCUGGGAAACGUACGUGGACAGUCUUAAAUAAUGAUUUUGGAAGCGAUCAUUGCCCAGGAUUUUGGACCACAAUACCAAGAGUUUUAUCAAAGCAAUAAAUGGGAUUAUAAAAAGGCAGAUUGGGAAAAAUGUCAAAUGUUAUACGAAGAGUUAAGUAACAUGGUAAAUUUGUAAAUAUAUCGUUUGCCGCAAAGGAAUCAAUUCUUAUACAAAGUGUAGGAAGGAAAAUAAAUAAGCAGCAUGGUGGAAUGAAGACUACAAACUGGCAAUACAAGAAAGGAAGAAGGCAUUUCGAGUGGUAAGAAAAACACUCUCUCUUGAGGCAGUUUUAGAUUAUCAAAGGAAAAGAGCUAUUGUAAGGAAAGUAAUUCAAGAUGCAAAAAGGAAAGCAUGGAAAAAGUUUUGCAGCACAAUUGGAAAGAAAACAGGAAUGGGUAUGGUGAAUGAUCAAAAAGAUGAAUGCUGAAAAAAAAAAUCCCUAUCCUUGAAGAUGAUGAUACAGUAGCUAUUACCAAUAAGGAGAAAGCAGAGUUACUCAGCUCAAAGUUUCACUAAAAUCCACAGUAUUGAAAAUCUAGGUGAUACAUUUUUAAUAAGAAGACGACAGAUCCUGAAUGCGUGUGGAAAUGUAUGUCAGAAAAGUAGGGCUUUAAGAAUCUGCUGUGGAACAAUUAGAACAUCUCCAGUAAAUUCAAUGAGAAUAUCGAUGGGAGAAAUGCCUUUGGAUUUGAGGAGGGAGAAACUAACUAUAACAAAUUGGGUGAAACUACAGGGUGCUGUAGGUAAACAUCCUACCUGUAGAGUUCUAGAGGACUGUUGGGAGUAUAAAUGUAGGGAGGUAAUAGCUUUGGGUGGAAAAGUGGACAGUGGACCAAAGAUAUAGGAAUUAAUAGUAUGUCAUUUUGUCCUGUGGUGCCUUUAGGUGGCAACCACUGAUAUAGAUCAGUGGUGGCAACCCAUUUAGGAAAAUCCCAGAACUAAUGGUUGAUACACUCCAAAAAAUAUUUUAGCCUAUUUUUAAGAUUUAUCCAUUUCAAUUGAAUAACACAUUUCCAUCUAAUUGAAUUGAAUAGUCUUGAAGAAAAUGUAAUUAAGAAAAUUGCAUUUUCAAUUAGAUGGACAUUUUUUAUUCAAUUGAAAUGGAUAAAUCUUGAAAAUAGACUUUUUUGAGUGUAUACGUUUAUUAGAAGAACAGAGGAAUAUGAAAGAGAUAUGUAACUAUGUAAAUAUAGUGAGUACAAUAUUGAGCGAGAGAUUUCAUUCAAUCAUACAAAUAUUUACAGAUGGUUCCAAAGAUCCAAUAAAUCAAAAUGUUGGCAUAUGAGUGUUUAUACCUCAAUUUAAAAUAAAGAUGAGUCAAAAGUUAUAUAAUUGUUUAUCGUAUAAACUGCAGAAUUGAUUGCCAUAAUAAUAGGUUUGCAAUGGAUAGAGCAAAAAAGACUGAAUUAGGUGGUUAUAUGCUCCGAUUCAGUUUCAGUCCUGAAUUGUAUUUUGUCUGCAAGAUCAGAAAGGGAAGAUUUAUUCUUGGACGUCUAUCCUCUGUGGCACAGGGUAACGGUAAAUGAAGUGAUGAUACAGUUUUGUUGGGUACCUGCACAUGUUGAGGUGAUAGGAAAUGAGGUGGCUGAUAGAUUAGCCAAAGGUGCACUUGGGAAAAGACCAGUAGAUAUUCAAAUGUCAAUGGGGAAAUGUGAGAUGAAAGCUAUGAUUCAGAAGAAAUGAAAUAAAGAAUGGCAGCGAAGAUGGGAUAGUAGCAAUAUAGGUAGGUUGCUUUAUAAAAUCAGGAAGAUUGGCAAGUAAAUGGUCUAUACAUAGGAAUGAAUAGAAGGGAAGAAGUAUUGUAAGCUAGGCUCAUACUGGGACAAACAGGCUUAAACUCAAAUUUGGCCAUUAUGAGGAAGCACAGAGAUGGAUUGUGUGACAACUGGUUUUGUGUGAUCAAACUUAUUUGAGAGAAUUGAGGGUAGAUCAGUAAGUGUAGAGGUUAUUUUGGCUCUAGCAGAUACACAGUUGUAUAAAGCACUUUUUACCUUUCUACAUGACACAGGUUUAGAUAUAAGAAUAUAAUAUGGUGCAGUGCUUGAUUGGGACUGUGUGGGGAUUUGGUAAAAAAUGGAGGAGCUGAAGCGCCAUCUGAUGCCGGAACCACAACAUAGCUCCAAGAUCUUAGAAGAGCGUCAUGUUUUUAAGCAAAAGGAUGUAGGAUAUAAAAUACGGUAGGUGGCGGUAAUGCUCCUAGGAGUGGACGGCCAUUAACAAGAAGAAGAAGAAGAAGAAGAAGAAAGAAAUGGACACAAACAGGACAGCAAAGCUUGAGUUUGCAGUACAGAUGUCAUGUGACAGCUGUGUGAAUGCAGUGAAGGGUGUCCUGGAGAAAGAGCCAGGAGUGCAUUCAGUGCACAUAGACUUGGCCAAGGAGGAGGUGUUGGUUGAAACAAUGCUUACCUCUCUGCAGGUCCAGAAUAUCAUUGAAAGCACAGGCAAAAGAGCUGUGUUGAAGGGAAUGGGCAGCUCAGAAUCAGACUUGGGUGCUGCUGUGGCGAUGUUAAGUGGGGCGAGGCUAGUGCAGGGCGUUGUCCGCUUCCUGCAGCUUUCACCAUAUCGUUGUUUGAUCGACGGGACAAUUGAUGGGCUGGCACCAGGUGCUCACGGCUUGCAUGUGCAUGAACUGGGGGACCUUACACAGGAUUGCAUGAGUUGUGGAGAUCACUUCAACCCUUUCAGGAAACAACAUGGAGCUCCUCAAGACUCCGAGAGGCAUGUGGGAGAUCUGGGAAAUAUUAUGGCUGGUCCUGAUGGCAGAGCUUCAUUCAGAUUAGAAGACACUCAGAUAAAGGUGUGGGAUGUGAUAGGUCGAUCUCUGGUGGUGGAUUCAGGAGAGGAUGAUUUGGGCCGUGGGAGUCACCCAAUGUCCAAAAUAACAGGAAACACAGAAGAGAGGCUGGCAUGUGGAAUCAUUGCACGCUCCGCUGGGUUGUUUCAGAACCACAAACAGAUUUGUACCUGUGACGGUGUCACUCUGUGGGAGGAGAGAGAUCGCCUGAUAGCUGGGAAAGGACGUAAAAUCACUGACGCACCGGCAGCUAAUUUGUAAUGGGGUGAGGAUGUGACUUUCCCAUGUGUUAAGAACUGCAGAUGGAUGUGAAGUGCGCAGAAGGAAAGAACAAAAGGAAGAUGAUCAAAAAGAGACAAAAAUGUGCCUGUUUGAAGCUGCCCAGAAUGUCCAUUCAAGUUGUAGUAUGUAAGACAGAGCCAGUUCUUAAAAGUUCAGAUGUAUCCACAUGACACAAAUCCCCAUCGCUUUAGUUGAGCCAUGAUAUGCCAAAAUUACAUUUACAUAGCAUUCAGUGACGUUAACUCUGAUUUUAGUUACAUUUUUCCUACUGACUGUUUUCACAACAUUUUCUAUUUUACAGCAUCUACUGUACAUACAACCACCUGUUAGACGUCUGUUGGAAAGUAAAUGUGUUGCAAAACAAUAAAUAUUUUUAACUCGUCUGUCCAUACACAUUAUGCAAGUUAAUUUUAGUUUUGACUCGUUCUGUGUAAUGAAAAAGAAACAUUAGUUCUAAUCACACAUUGCAUGGAUGAGCAAAAAACAUCCAUCCAACUUCUCUUGUUAAUUCAUGUACUCUUAAAGAGACAGUACCAUUUUAGUGCUUGUUUUAUAUGUCAAUGAAAACAAUGUAAAUACAAGUAAAUAAUUCAAAUUCUGCAUAUAAAUAAAUGUGUAAUAAAUGUAUAAAUUUUUAAAGGGGCAAUCAUUAUACAUUAUAAAUGAUACAUUAUGAAAUAUUUUAACCUCAACAAAUACUGUACAUUUUGAAUAAUAUAUCUAAUAGUCUCUUGCAGCAUCUAUGCAGGGGUUUGGUAAAAAGCCCUGCCCCAGACACCUAAUGUUUUUUAAAUAGUACUUUUAAAAUAGGAUUAGGAUCCAAAUUUGAGGAUAUUGUGUAAGAAAUUGUGAAAGUGACUAUAUUAUUACUAUACAUGCAAUUUCAUAAUAUCACAUAAAUUGAUAGAAAUGUGUAUAUUUUUAAAAAGCAAUAAUGUGAUUAAAAUGAUGAAAAAUAAAAUUUACAU